AUGCCUUCGUCGUCGAAGGGCGCGCUCGAGCGCAAGCGCGCCGACGACAUGAACAGAGCCCGCAUGCAGGCAUUGAAGACGUUCCUGAGCAGGCCCUGGGUGAAACAGACGCUGCACGACGCGCUCAAAGAGUCCAAGCAUGCAUCGAGCAAACGCCUGCGCAACGCACUGGCCGACGUUCCCCUACAGAGCAACGCGCGUUACGACGAGCUGCAGGAGAAGGCCCAGAAGGCACAGGACCAGGGCGAGCAGGUCAAGCAGCUGCCGAAGGAGAACCAGCGGCUCUUGAAGGAGAGCAAGUAG